AUCUGCGAGACUGAACUUAGCGGAGCGGGAUGCUGCACCUCGCGCUCUGAAGCCGGAGGCCGGUGCCUCAGUUGGUGGGGUCCCAGUCCUCUCGCGCCUUCUGCCCCACUAUUCUGUUUCUCCCACGCGUGCAGAAAAGCGUCCGCUGCUGUUGUUUUAGGCCGGGAAGGUUCGUGCCUACUUUAUAUUUGAUAACUUCUACAUAUCAUGGACACAGAACAGAUUAUGGAGAGCCAGCCACAGGUUCCAGAAAAUCCUCAUGCAGAAUAUGGUCUUGCAGAAAAUGUAGAGCGGAUAGCAGAAAAUGAGAAGACUAGUGCUGAGAAGACAUCAAAACAGAAGGUGGAUCUACAGUCAUUACCUACACGUGCCUAUUUGGAUCAGACAGUUGUGCCUAUCUUAUUACAAGGCCUUGCAGUGCUUGCAAAAGAGAGGCCACCAAAUCCUAUUGAGUUCCUAGCAACGUAUCUGUUAAAAAAUAAGGCGCAGUUUGAAGACCGAAAUUAAUUCCAUUGAAAGAUGACUGCUUGACUGCUCAGCGUAUAUGCUUAAAUAAUCAUGAAUCAUUGUCUGAUGUAUAAAUUCUACAAAACCAAAAAUUUCAUUCUCAUACUAUUUCUUCAGCCUUUUCCCCAAUUAUUUAAUAAAGUACCUUACAUUUUAUUUGUUCACUUGUUUUAAACUAGCUUUUAAGGCUUCAGAAUAAAG